UCAUAAACUUAUUAGAAAAUUUCUUCACAAAGCUGUGCAAUUUUCUUAUUAGUAUUAGGAAAGAAACAUUAACGUUAAGUGUGUUAAGUGUGAGCGAUUUUAGCCGGUGUUAUUUUAUUGUUUAGAAAUGUGUUGAUAAAUCAUAAGCUAGCGUAUUAUUACGUGAGGCAAUUAAUAUCCGUAAAAUUUCAAUAAAUAAAAACAAAGUACAAUGAAAAGAAGAGAAGUGAAGAAAAAGUGAGAGUUUCACUAUAUACCACCACAGCGCAUGCAUGAGAUUCCAAUCAUUUUGGUGAACAAAUAGAGAAAUUUCCAUAUAGAAGAAAACAAAGUGUGUGUUUGUGAAUUCUUUUUUUUUCAGAAACAGAUAAUAUAUUUAAGGAAGCAAAUAAAUGCACUGAAAAUACUGAAAAACUAUAAUAAUUAUUUAUUAUUGUGGAUAUUCAUCUAACGCUGGCUUGUUAUGGACGAUAAAACACCGCGUACACCUGCCCCGUCACCAACGGACGAGCAUGCCAACAGCAGUGAAGUAGGUGCUACAGCUCUCCAGCCUACAAAUUUUAAGGUUUUAAUUAUUGGAGCUGGUGUCGCGGGACUAUCGGCUGCUAAUCAUUUAUUGCAAAAUGGCUGUAAUAACUUCUGUAUUUUAGAGGCUCGUGGUCGUAUCGGUGGUCGUAUUGUGUCCAUACCGAUGGCUAAACAUAAAGUUGAACUCGGUGCCAAUUGGAUACACGGUGUUUUGGGUAAUCCGAUUUUUGAAAUAGCCGUUCAACACGGUCUAGUCAGUGUGGUUAAUAUACCUAAACCGCAUAAAAUCAUCGCUACCACUGAAGAUGGUUUACAAGUUCCUUUCAGUAUAUUGCAAGAAAUUUAUGAGGCAUACGUAUGCUUUUUACGCCGCUGCGAUGAGUAUUUUUUAUGUCAGUACAGUCCUCCACCUGAUAUUAAUAGUGUCGGCGAGCAUAUUAAUUAUGAAAUUCAAAUCUAUUUAAAUACACUGGACGAUCCUAAAGAGAAACAUUUGAAACAAUUGAUUUUUAAUUGUUUACUGAAACGUGAAACUUGUAUAACAGGCUGUCACGAUAUGAAUGAAAUAGAUCUUUUGGAAUUAGGUAGUUAUACGGAACUACAAGGUGGUAAUAUUGUUUUACCAGCUGGUUACAGUUCGAUACUGCGACCAUUAACCGCUGAAAUAUGCAAACAAUCGAUUAUAACCAAGUGCCCGGUUAAAAAAAUCCAUUGGAAACGGAAAAAGACUUUAACCGGUUUGGAUACAGUAGACGAGGGUUCCGAAUGCGAACAAGAUUCCGAUGAUUCCGAGAAAACAGUUACGGAAUUUCCAAUUGCCGGUUCAAUAACAUCGACGACAGUUAAUAAUAGUCCUUCACGUGGUGGUUCGGCUGAAUCGGAUUGCAAUGACGAUUAUCCAAUACAAGUAACUUGUGAAGAUGGCAGUAUCUUUAAAGCGGAACAUGUGAUAUGUACCGUACCAUUGGGUGUCCUAAAGCAAAAUCAUAAAACUUUAUUUGAUCCUGAACUGCCGCAUUACAAGCAAGAGGCCAUAGAGCAUUUAAUGUUUGGAACUGUAGAUAAAAUUUAUUUGGAAUAUGAUCGGCCCUUUUUGAAUGCGGAUAUUUCCGAAGUUAUGCUGCUUUGGGACGAUGACAAAUAUGAUCUUAAUGCCUCUUCUAAUGCGGAACUUGACUCCUCAAAUGAUUAUUUAAGUAAAAAUUGGUUUAAGAAAAUCUAUUCGUUUGCCAAAGUAACGGAUACUUUACUAUUGGGUUGGAUAUCGGGACGCGAAGCCGAGUAUAUGGAAACCUUAGACGACGAAGUUGUCGCCGACAAGUGUACAGAAAUUUUAAGAAUUUUUUUACAAGAUCCUUGCGUACCGAAACCAAAAAAAUGUGUUUGCACUAGUUGGAAAUCGCAAAUGUUUACCAAAGGCUCGUAUACCUCAAUACCGGUAGGUGCUUUACAAGAAGAUAUAGAAAAUUUGGCACAACCUCUUUACGCUAGUUCUCAGGCUUUAAAGCCCGCUGUAGUAUUUGCUGGUGAGCAUACGCACUCCAAUUUCUAUUCAACUGUGCACGGUGCCUAUUUAAGUGGUCGUACGGCUGCCCAAAGUCUCUUAGGCAAAGAGGAACCUAAUGAGAUUAUCUUAGAGUCGGACGGUAGUGAUUUAAGUGCUUGGAUUCAGGGUAUAGCGUUGGAUUAAAAAUUUUGAUUCAAAAAUU